AUGUUUUUCUCACCUGAUUCUCCAAUUUAUCAAUAUAUCUUGAAAUCUGGCUUACGCAAUCAUCCAAUUUUGGAGCGGUUAAAUGAUGUAUCGAUGAAGCAUCCGUGUGCUAUGGCUGCUACACCUGACGAAGUUGGUUUCUUCCAGCUCUUAUUGCAGUUAAUCAAUGCUAAAAAAGUGAUCGAAAUUGGAGUUUUUACUGGCUAUACUACACUUGGUAUGGCGAUGGCACUACCUGAUGAUGGCAAAGUCGUUGCAUUAGAUAUUAACAAUGAAUUUACAGAUAUUGCUUUACCAUUUUGGAAAGAGGCUAACGUGGAACACAAAAUUGACCUUAAAUUACAACCUGCUCUUGAUAGUCUUAAUCAACUCAUUGCCAACGGCGAAAGUGGGACAUUUGACUUUAUCUUUAUCGAUGCGGAUAAGACCAACUACAGUAAUUAUUAUGAAAAAUCCUUGCAACUACUAAAGCAAAAUGGCAUUAUAGCUGUUGAUAAUACAUUAUGGAGCGGCCGCGUAGCAGAUCCAUCCAUUAAUGAUGCAUCAACACAAGCUAUUCGUCAAGUGAAUGAAACCAUACUACAUGAUGAUCGAGUCCAACUUAGCAUGCUAACUUUGGCUGAUGGAGUUACUUUAGUGCGCAAGAAAUAGGCACUGCAAUUCUAUUCUCGAAUUCGAUUAAUUGAAUAAUGAUAGUCAUGUUGUUGUCUAUAUGUAUUGUCGUGAAUAGCGUUAUUAGAAUAUAUGUGACAUAUAAACGUAUGCUAUCAAUGUUGAGUAUUGUAGUCACAGGUUAACUAAUAUAAUUAGACAUGCGCGUCUAUUUUUACAUGAGUUUAAAUUAAUAAAUACGUACUG